AUGGGUUCCUCCGAAGAGGAAGAGCAACCCCGGCCAUCAGACAUCACUGUCUUCGGCGCCAACUGCACCCUCCAUGGCCUGAGCCACAUCUUCCUGCCCGGAGGAGUGACCAUCAGACGUCUGCUCUGGGCAGCAGCGUUCCUCUCCUCACUGUCCAUCUUCCUCUACCAGGUGGCCGGAGCCAUAAUGGACUACCUCAGCUAUCCUCACGUCACCAUCCUGGACGAAAUGGACAGUCCCGUCAUGUACUUUCCGGCCAUCACUAUGUGCAACUACAACAGCUUCAGACGCUCCAAAAUGAUCCGCAAUGAUCUCUUCUGGAUGGCAGGGUUGCUCGGUGUAGAGCAAAGCGACUUCGAUGACUUCAUGGCCGCCCUGGGACAGCCGCCGGACAACAGCAAGUUCUUCCCCAGCAAGACCUUCAACAUGCUGGAGUUUGUGCAGAGGACCAGCCACAGCAUUGACGAAAUGCUGCUGGACUGCAAGUAUCGUGGAAAAGAGUGCGGGCCGGAGAACUUCACAACUAUUUACACAAGAUAUGGGAAAUGUUACACGUUCAACUCUGGUCUGGAUGGAAACCCCUUGUUGACGACUUUAAAAGGCGGAACAGGAAAUGGGCUGGAAAUCAUGCUGGACAUUCAACAGGAUGAGUACUUACCGGUUUGGGGUGACACAGACGAAACCUCGUACGAGGCGGGCAUCAAAGUUCAGAUCCACAGCCAGGACGAGCCGCCCUUCAUAGAUCAGCUGGGAUUUGGUGUGGCCCCUGGUUUUCAAACUUUUGUGUCUUGUCAGCAACAACUGCUCCAGUAUCUUCCUCCGCCGUGGGGCGACUGCAGAUCCGAACCGAUGGACUCUGAAUACUUCUCCACCUACAGCAUCACGGCCUGUCGCAUCGACUGUGAGACCCGCUACCUGCUCGAAAACUGCAACUGCAGAAUGGUGCACAUGCCAGGCACCUCUACCGUCUGCACACCCGAACAGUACAAAGACUGCGCUGAUCCAGCUUUAGAUUUUCUAGUGGAGAAGGACAAUGAUUACUGCGUUUGCGAAACGCCGUGCAACAUGACUCGAUACGGUAAAGAGCUGUCCAUGGUGAAAAUACCCAGCAAGGCUUCGGCGAAAUAUCUCGCCAAGAAGUUCAACAAAACUGAGCAGUAUAUUGCGGACAACAUAUUGGUGCUGGAUAUCUUUUUUGAGGCUCUGAACUAUGAGAAAAUUGAACAAAAGAAAGCAUAUGAAGUGGCUGGAUUACUUGGUGACAUUGGUGGUCAGAUGGGUCUGUUUAUAGGAGCCAGUGUCUUGACAAUAUUGGAGAUAUUCGAUUAUUUGUAUGAGGUUUUUAAGGACAAAGUGCUGGGACAUUUUCUACGUAAGAGACGGCCACAUCGCAGCGCUAGUGACAAUCUGAGCACAUGUGACACACUCCGGAGUCACUCGGACAGUCUCGGAUUCGCGCCGAACGUGCUACCUAGUCACCCGGCUAUAGGCAACUUCGAGGAAUUCGCUUGUUGAUGAUACAGGCGACGGGACCCCGGCGGGACGGUUUAGGAUAUGACGGAAAACUGUGAAGUAUAUAUCGGAUAGACUCCAAAAGAAGUGUAAGUCCAUGAAAAUGUACAUGUUAAAUAGUUAAAAAACAAAAAAAACACCUGAAUAGAAUCGAUAUAUCAUCAUCAAGUACAAAUAGGCAACACUUCCAAAACAAAACUCAGGUUUUAUUAACAUCACAGCCACUGUUUGUUUGACAUUGUGGAAAAUUUCAUGCCAUUUCUUUUCGGACGAUUUCAGAUGUACAAAUACUGUGACGGUAUUAC